AUGAAAAUUUGGAGCGCUUUUUCCAUUUUUCUCGCGGCCGAGGCCGGAAAAAAGAAAAAGAACAAAGAUAGACCAACCGAUUUUGAGCUGGAUGAAGGACUCACUUGCAAAGAAGACCAUUUGAAAUUUCUGACCGCGAUGAGCCCGAAGGUGCAAAUUGUCAGGACAGAGAAUGACAAGGACGCGAAGAUUUUUCAUUUAAAAUGCGACGAUAGAGAGCUCGAGCCGACGCAUAAUAUGCUUAGAUGCACGCCCUACAAGCCGGGAGAUGAGUUAACUGGAGAAGGGAUGAGAGGAUUGAAAAAGCUCACAGCAGAACUUUGGAUUCCAAAAAAGCGUCAGCUUCUGAAAGAGCGAAUAAACGUCAUCGACUUUCCUAUCACCUGCAUUCCAGCGGGGACAGGGGCGAGAGCGUCAAGAUGCAACAGUAAAGUUUUGAAGAAGGAGCUUGAGAAGCAAAUAACUGGCGCCAAGUCUUCUCAUUAUGACAUCACAGUCGAAAAUGACCGAGCCCUGGUCAUCUGUAAGACCGAAGAAUCUCGCCACAAGAAAGACAAGAAGGAGAAGAAAAAGAAGAAAAAUAAAAACAAGACAACUAAAAACCCCAACGCCGGGCUCCCUUUGCUCGUAACAUGCGAUGGAAUUCCAACCUGGAAGGACGGGGACGUCUUUUGGUGGCGACCGACUUAUGAUUCUGCGCAAAAAGAAAUCUCCAAUUUUGCUUGCUAA